AUGCUCGCCCUGGAGGCUGCACAGCUCGACGGGCCACACUUCAGCUGCCUGUACCCAGAUGGCAUCUUCUACGACUUGGACAGCUGCAAGCAUCCUGGCUACCCCGACUCAGAGGGGGCUCCUGACUCCCUGUGGGGCUGGACAGAGGUCCCGGCUGUGCCCCCCACCUCCUAUGAAGCCUUCGACCCAGCCACGGCCACCUUCAGCCACCCGCAGGACGCCCAGCUCUGCUAUGGGCCCUCCUCGACCUACAGCCCCGUGGGCAGCCUCAACCCAGCCGCCAGCCUGGAGGCCCCGGGGCCUGGAUUCCCAGCGUACCCCACGGAGGACUUCGCCUGCCAGACCCUGGGCCCCCCGGCGUACGCCCCGUACCCCAGCCCCGUGCUGUCGGAAGAGGAGGACCUCUUGUUGGACAACCCCGCCCUGGAGGUCUCGGACAGCGAGUCGGAUGAGGCCCUCGUGGCCGGCCCCGAGGGGAGGGCAUCCGAGGCAGGGGCCCGCAAGAAGCUGCGCCUGUACCAGUUCCUGCUGGGGCUGCUGACCCGCGGCGACAUGCGCGAGUGCGUGUGGUGGGUGGAGCCGGGCGCCGGCGUCUUCCAGUUCUCGUCCAAGCACAAGGAGCUGCUGGCGCGCCGCUGGGGCCAGCAGAAGGGCAACCGCAAGCGCAUGACCUACCAGAAGCUGGCCCGCGCCCUGCGCAACUACGCCAAGACGGGCGAGAUCCGCAAGGUCAAGCGCAAGCUCACCUACCAGUUUGACAUUGCGCUGCUGCCGGCCGCCCGCCGCGCCUGA